AUGCACGCAAUAAAUUAUUUCCAGAAUUAUUACGAAUAUUAAAGCCCGGUGGUUGGAUUGAAAAUAUAGAAUAUGAUACUGAAAUUAAGAAUACCGGCCCUAACACCAAGUUUUUAAUAGAUAUAUUGUCUAGCUACUUUCUAAAUCAUGGAAUAUAUCCUGAUGACUUUUAUAAAAAUUUAUCAAAAUUGUUUAAAGAAAAUAAUCUUGAAUAUCAAGUUGAAGAGAAAAUAAUAUAUUUUUCUGAUGCUGAAUUGUCAACAAAAAAAUUUAUAAUUAUUUUUAAAAUUGUAAAAUCCGUUAUUCUUGAAUAUACAAGUAUUAGUUCUGAAAAAUAUGAUAAAAUUCUUGAUAAAGUUUGGGCUGAGCUCAUAGAAUAUAAAACUUCAUUUCGAUCGAUAAGACAUUUUGGAAAAAAACUUUGA